AUGAAUGUUGGUGCAGAUUUCCUUCCCGCGGAGUCUGUGGAUUUCUCUUAUAUUGAAUACGAGAGUAAUCAUAUCAGUAAUUCAGACAAAACAUCAAUGAUACCUUUUGUAAAUUAUCAACGUUUAUUUAUUGGUCUACGACCUUCAUCGUGUUUAAGAUCUAGCUAUCAUCGAAUCCUUAGAAGAGUUAUCUAUGCAUGCAUCGGUGUUACACUUCUAUUAUUUUUAUGGUUAGCAUUUUACAUAUCUGAUUCUACAUGGUUUAGUGGUGUAUCUAUAUCUCCAUAUCCUUGGAGUAAAACACGUUUGAGACAUACAAGUGAUAACACAGGCAUAGCAACAAUAAAAACAAACUAUGUAUAUGGUGUUGUGUUUGAUGCUGGAAGCACUGGGAGCCGUGUUCAUAUAUUCAAAUUAAUUCAUAAUCCCUUGGAUCCUUUCAAACCGUUUACAUUAUUGGAUGAUAAAUUUCAUCAUGUUCAACCUGGUUUAUCAUCAUAUGCAGAAAAACCAGAGGAGGCAGCAUUAAGUUUAACAAAGUUAAUUAAUAUUGCUGAAACUAGUCUUCCUGUUGAUGUAUGUCGUAAUACUCCAGUAAUCUUAAGAGCUACCGCUGGUCUUCGACUAAUUUCUGCGUAUAAAGCAGAGAAUAUUUUAAAAGCUGUACGACAUAGAUUAUCUCAAACCUGUUUUAAACAAUUACCUAAUGCUGUAACUAUUAUGGAUGGAUUUUAUGAAGGUCUAUAUUUAUGGUUUACAUUAAACUUUCUUAAUAACCGUUUAUCAUAUGGGAAAGCACAGAAGAAUAAUGCAAUGACUGAAAAUUCACUUGCACAAACAAUUGGUACAUUAGAUCUAGGCGGUGGUUCUACACAGAUCACAUUUAUUCCUACUGAGUUAAAUACUUUCAAUAAUGCACCUAAUGGUUUUAUUACAUAUUUUGAUGUACAAAAUAGUAAUGAUAAACCAAAACAAAAGAUCUAUUCACAUAGUUACUUAGGACUAGGACUAAUGUCUGCACGUUAUUCGAUGUUACAUAAUGCAACUGAACAUUUCAAGUUAAUUACUCAAGGAAAGAAAGAGUUUUUACACCCUUGUUGGCCUAAUAAUGUAACUCUUAAAUGGAAUCAUGCCGGUAAAGAUUGGCAAAUCAGUCGUAUGAAUCAUUCAAUGUCUAAAUCUUUAUUAUCAUUUAUUAAAACAAAAUCAAUUUAUCAUCAUCAAGCAGCAAUUGAACCGGUCAAUAGUAAUGCUAAUAACAAUGAUAAUGAUUAUUCAUUGUUGUGUUAUGCUUUAGCAGUGAAUGUAUUGCAAAAUCCUGUUGAAGGUGAUGUAAAUGUUAUCAGAUAUCCACCUAACAAUAAUAUUGUUCAUCAACCAAUUGAAGUGAAAACACGUGAAUUUUAUGCAUUUUCAUAUUAUUUUGAUUUAGCUGUUAGUGUUGGUUUAAUUCAUGAAAGUACUGGUGGAUUUCUUACAGUGAAUGAUUUUCAAAAUGCUGCUGAACGAAUUUGUCGUAACCCAAAUCCUCAGAGACCAUUCGAUUGCAUGGAUCUUAGUUUUAUCACUGCAUUAUUACAUAGUGGUUAUGGAUUCCCGGCAGAUAAAAAAAUUGGAUUUUUUAGAAAAGUUAAUUCUUUUGAAAUUAAUUGGAGUCUUGGUGCCUUAUUUUCAGAAAUGUAUCAUAAGUAA